AUGAGUCAAAUCGUUGUACUUUGUUCGCGACACGAAGAACUUCCGAUUGAUCUCCUAUUUAAAUAUAAAUAAUAUGGAUUGUUUGAAGAAGAAUAGAAGAUUAAUGAGAAAGUAGAAGUCUUUGAAUUGACCAAAGAAAAUGGAAACUUGUUAUCGAAAAUAUUGGAUGAUAUCAAGAAACCUUUGAGAAGAAUUCUUAUCAUCUCGUUGAAGGGUUUUAAUUAUUGA